UGAUUCCUUUUAUUACUCUUCCUAAUAUUUUCUCUACCAUACUUUUUUUUUUCAUCCUUUUUCUCCUUAUAAAUACACUCCUACACCCCAUCUCCACUUCAGCACCUAACAAUUAACCACUUGAUAACAACAACCCAUAAUUUCUCUAUUCUCAACUAAAAAAACGGAAAUUAAAAAAAUGAGGCCAAUCGUACACACAGCCUUAACUCCAGAGGCGGCUCGGGUAGUCUCCAUGGCACAACCGAGGUCGCCAUGGCACUCCCCUGUACCUUACCUUUUCGGAGGACUAGCGGCUAUGCUCGGACUCAUAGCCUUUGCACUUCUUAUAUUGGCUUGCUCUUAUUGGAAAUUAUCUAGAGAUGAAACCCAACCACAGAGCAAUGAAGGGAAUGAUUUAGAGAGUGGUGGAAAAUUUGAUGGAGUUAGUAAAAUAAAUGAUCCUCCUGUUUUUGAAGAGAAAAUUGUGGUUAUUAUGGCUGGUAAUGAGAAGCCUACCUUCAUAGCAACUCCUGCACUAAUGUUUAAACACACUUCUGAUGAUCAUGAUGAUGAUGAUGAUCAUCAUCAUCAUAAAGAUGACAGAAAUGUUGCCAAGGAUGAUCAUGAAGAAGAUGAUGAAAAGUCUAAAGAAGAUGAACAUAGUUAAGGUUCAUAAUUAUUAUUAAUCCUUAAUUAUGUCAUUAAUUAGUAAGGAUUAGUCACAAAAUCCCCCCAAAAAAUCUCCUUUUUCGGAGUGUCAAUUUUGAUUAGCUAGUUAAAAAGGUACCUACAUAAGAUUACCACAAUUUUGUCUCUUUUAAUUCCCUUUUCCCAUUUUUGGCUACCUGGAAUUGGUUUAACUUACAGCGAGAGAUCAUUAUCUGACUCCAUAAUAUGAUAUUAUGCGUGUGAGUUUGUGGAUGAUGAAAAUAGCAAGAAUAUAUGUAAUUGCCUCUGCAUAUUUUGUAUUUGCGACAUUAAUUUUAUGCAGAAUGCUUUUAUUUUGAUUUGCAAGUAACUAAAAAGACUAUGUCGUUACAUUAAUUUAAUCAUUUUCUAAAAGCUUGAAGGGACAAAAUUGUUGAAUUUGCUAAUCUAAUAAGCUUUCACUAAUAUUGGUAUGAAGUAGUAGGGAUUGUUUGAUAUUAUUUUUAUAAGUAAUCUUCUUAAUCAUUUUAAUGGAACUCAUUACUCAAAUAUAUAUGUUUGUGCCUGUGCAUAUUAUUCUUGGUUGGAGCCAUAGGAUAAUUUUAAUAAUUACUUGUUUUUUUUUCUUAAACAAAUUUACGCAUCAUAAAAUUUUAUACAAUUAUCUUAUUUGCUUUUUGGACGUUAUUCAUCUCUUACUCUUAAUUUGUAUUUUGUUAUUAAUUUAUAACUUAAAAAAUUGUUUUCAUAAUUUUUAAUUAUCCACAAUUAAAGAUAUUAAAGAUUGAAUAAGUGAAUUGGAUAAAGUGCAUAAAGCAAAUGGAACACUUGUGGUGAUUAGAAGGGAUUAAAAAAUAUAUAACAAAUAAACAUACAUUAAAUCAAAUCUAACGAGAUCUCACAUAAAUAUAUUUUAUCUUACAUUGAUUAUGUCUCAAAAAUCUUAAAAUAAAUUUUUCUGAUUAAAAUGGAAUAUUCUAAAUAGGAAGUACAUUAAAUAGUGGUUAAUAUAUUUUCCCUUUCUUAGUGUUUGUGGCAAUGAAUUAAAUGCUCUUUUCUGUUUUGUCUAAAUGUGACAAAUGAAUUGAAAAAGAAAAAGAGUACAACUCCCUUUAUUUCAUUGAGUUUGUAAUUUUAUUUUUGAAAAGUUCUUAUAUUGAAAGUAUAAAUGUUGCAAAAUUUAGUGAAAGAGAAAUAAUUAUGUACUAGAUAUGAGCAAAUUUUCACAUUCAUCAUAAAUAAAAUGUACUAAGAAUUU